AUGUCUAAUAUGUCAAAUAUUUCAGAAGCUAACUUACCGUUAACUUCUAACAUAGCGUAUAACACAUCGCCCGAAAUGAAUCCUAGUGAUGACGCUAAUAUAUUACCCACCAAAGAAACCUAUACUAUCGCCACUAAUAAUAAAAACGACGAGGAUAAAGUUGGACGUAUAAUUUACCUCAACGAUCCCGCUCGUAAUCAACCCGCAAAAUAUAUACAUAACAGAAUUUCAACCGCAAAAUACAAUUUUUUAACCUUUUUACCGAAAUUUUUAUACGAGCAGUUUUCAAAAUACGCAAAUUUAUUUUUCUUAUUUACAGCAUGUAUUCAGCAAAUUAGAGACGUGUCUCCAACAAAUCAAUUUACCACCCUUAUCACUUUAGUUGUGGUGCUGUCUGCAACUGCAUUCAAAGAAGUAAUUGAAGAUUAUAAACGACAUCGUUCUGACGGAGAAGUCAAUCAAAGAAAAUGCCAAACUCUUUCGGGAAUGGCUUUUAUUGAGAAAGAAUGGAAUGGAAUUAAAGUUGGUGAUAUUGUUCGUGUUGAAGGUGGAGAUUUUUUGCCUGCUGAUUUGGUGCUAUUGAGUAGCUCAGAACCAGAAGGUUUAUGUUACAUUGAAACAAGUAAUUUGGAUGGUGAAACAAAUCUAAAAAUUAAGCAGGCAACAACUGAAACUGCAAUUCUUGUUACACCGCAACAAAUAAGUCAAUUAAAUGGUUACAUUAAAUCUGAAAGUCCAAAUAACAGUUUAUAUACAUAUGAUGGUAUAUUAAUCAUGAACGGACCAAAUGGAAGUAAACAAGGUGCACAAUUAAAAAACACGCCUUGGAUAUAUGGUGUUGUUAUUUUUACUGGCCAUGAAACUAAAUUGAUGAGAAAUGCUAGUGCUACCCCAAUUAAAAGAACCAGUGUUGAAAAAAUGGUUAACAUUCAAAUUAUCUUUUUAUUUGGAAUUUUAUUAACAAUGAGUUUAGCAUGUUCAAUAGGAAGUGCUGCAAGGACAAUAAAAUUUGGUUCUGAAAUGUCUUACUUGCAGCUUUUAGCAACGGGUAGUUUAUUGAGUCAAUUUGGAUUUAAUAUUUUAACAUUUUUGAUUUUGUUUAAUAAUUUGAUCCCAAUUAGUUUGAUUGUUACUAUGGAAGUUGUAAAAUUUCAACAAGCGGCCUUAAUUAAUUCUGAUUUAGAUAUGUACUAUGAAAAGACAGACACACCUGCUUUAUGUAGAACUAGUAGUUUGGUAGAAGAAUUGGGCCAGCGAGCACAUGUUGUUGAUGGUGUUGAGGUCGGUUUACAUGAUUUUAAACAAUUAAAAGAGAAUUUGAAAAGUCAUUCUACUGCAAAUGUUAUCGAUGAAUUCUUUACACUUUUAGCAGUAUGCCAUACUGUUAUUCCAGAGAGAAAAAAUAAUGAUCCAAAUGAUAUUGUGUAUCAAGCUUCAUCACCAGAUGAAGGUGCUCUUGUAAAGGGUGCAUUAAUUUUGGGUUAUAAAUUCUUGACACGUCGUCCUAAAUCUGUCACCAUUUUGUUCACUUUUCACAAUAGCUUUUCUGGACAAGUAAUUUAUGAAUCUUGGACCAUCACCUAUUACAAUGUUCUUUUUACUGUACUGCCGCCAAUGGUUAUUGGCGUAUUCGAUCAAUUUGUUAGUGCAAGGAUGUUAGAUCGAUAUCCUCAAAUGUAUAUGUUGGGACAAAAAAGUGAAUUUUUCAACGUAAAAAGUUUUUGGGGAUGGACAAUAAAUGCAUUUUUUCAUUCUUUAAUUUUAUAUUGGACUUCAAUAUAUAUUUUUUCUGAUGAUUUAACUUUAGCAGAUGGCAGAAUAGCGGGUCAUUGGACAUGGGGCACAACUUUAUAUACAGCCGUGUUGGCAACUGUAUUAGGAAAGGCAGCAUUAAUAACAAACGCCAAGCGUAUGUAUCAUACAAGAACCUAUCACACAGUGCAAGAAAUUCAAAAAUUCAAUAUUCCAGAUUAUCGACCAAGAAUGGAACAAUUCCAAAAGGCUAUACGAAAAGUUCGCGCUGUUCAAAGAUUACGAAAGAGUCGUGGUUUUGCAUUUUCACAAAAUGAAUCUGGCCAAGAAUCUAAACUCAUUAGAAUAUAUGACACUACUAAAGCAAAACCAAUGGGCUAA